UUAAAAACACGUGAAAACAUGACAGCCGUAGACUCCUUUGAUAUUUUUAAUUUCGCUUUUCUGGGCUUUUAAUUUUGUCUCUUUGUUGUGUAAGUUGACAGUGGUUUGAGGAACAUGUCACUGCUGACUGCUGUCGAGAACGCUAUCAAGUCCUGCAAAGAAGAGCAAGCCAGGUUGGACUGCCGCAUUCAGUACUACAGAGAAGUUGUGCUGCACAGCCACACAACUCCGCAUGAAUCUGAACUGACUGAUGCUGCUGCUACCACUGCUACAGACACAGCCACAUGCCCGGGGGAAGAAGAAGACCUAAAACUGAUCGAGCAAACACUGGAAAAAGCUUUACAGCUCCGCACUCGCUACAGUCUUUUUAAUGAAGACUCUGAAGGAACGAAAGCCUCUCAGACGAGGAAGAAGCUCCCUGACACAGGUGUCCAAUCUAAAGGGUCAACUUCAAAAGCCUCUGCUGCUUCUAAAGGAAAGCAAUCAACAACCGCUCUUAAGUGCGGCAAUCUUGACAGAAGAGGGCAAAGAAAGCCUGGAACAUCGUCUUCACGUGGUGCACGAUCCUCGGCUGUCUGCUAUCCCGCAAGUAAAAAUGGGAUUCACAACCGUCCUGCUCCGUCAGCCGUAAAACAUGCCCCGCGUGUUACUACCUCAGUGGGGAAAGUGGCAAGAAGUAGUCUGCAGAGUGAGGAUGACUCGGCCAAAGCUUCAACUGUCAGCUGUUCUUCGACGAAGGUGGAGGACACAGAAGAUCACCAUCAGGCCCCACCACAGCCAAGGAGAACACAGUGUGAGCAGACGGCACAAUGGAAAUCUCUGUGGAUGAACCAAAACAGAUUGUGGGACAAAGUAACGGCCGCUCAAAGGAAACCUGCGCCCGGGAGGAGUCGCUUCAUGGAGAGAAUGAGCGCAACGUUCCCUAAGGGCUGGCCACAUGGAAGCCCGGACCAGAUCAGGGGUCUGGUUGGCAGACUGAAUUACCAGACUGAUGAACUGGUCCAGCAGUGCCAGACAAAGGACCUUUUGGACCAAAGUACAGAAACGGGGGUGAAAGAAGACAAGCAUUCCUGUCUCCUACUUGAGAGAUUGCAAAGAACAGCAGCGGACCUCCAGAGGACUGCAGAGCAGGCGAAACAAGAAUUAGAAGCAUGGGAUCGAUGCAGGCCAGAGGGAGGUUGCCUUUGCGCCGUUAGGACCGUGGAGGAUGAGGCGACUGCAGGUCGUCUGCCCGUAACUAUCAAUUACAACUCCGAGGCCGAGCUCAGAGAGCUGGAGACGCUCAGGAUGAGAGUGGCUCUGCUGCAACAGGAGAUAUCCUUCCAGCAAGCUCUGCAAGACGCUCUGGCCCCUCAGUUGGCCUCCAUUAUUCCUUCAUGUCCUAAUCGCAGUGUGCUGAGAGAUUUGUACUCCUUACUGGGUGAAGGAGGUCAGCGUUUCCCCGCCAUAGUCCAAGACUAUCAGCCUGAAUGACUCGUGAGAUGACUGAAAGGCUAACGAUGCAGUACAUCUCCAAUUUACUUUGCAUUUGACUCAUGGAGUCCAGUACAGCACCAGUGCCAGGUUCCUGGCGCAGCCACCCGCGCACACACCUGAUGCUCAUCUCAUUCCGACUACUUAAAUUAGCACGCCAACAAUUGACUGACAUGAGCAAAGACUUUUUUGACUUAUGAAACGUUUUGAAUUUGUUGAGCCAUGUAGCAAAUGUGGGAGUUUGAAAAACUGCCCAUUCAUUUUAGAAUGGGAAAAAAACAACUAUUUUUAAUGUCCAGCAUGGGUUUUUUUCGGUUGAGAAAUGUGCGAAAUAAUGGAUUUAUCUUUUAAUAAUAUUUAUUUAUUUAUUCAUUUGAUAGGGAAAUCACAAUACAGGUACUGAGAAAACAGACACACAAAAAUAAAAAAAAAUACAAAUAAAAUAAGAACGAGUCUGCUUAAUUUUUUGAUAGUUUGGUGCAAUCCAAAAAUAGCAAUAUGAUAUAGAAAUAUGGAUUAGAAAAAUGGUACAUUCAUUAUGAAUGGGAAGAAAUGUUCCGUAAAAUGUAGAAUUCCUGAAAAUAGAAAUAAUGGUCAUGAUUGAGCAGAAAAUUAAAAAAACAUUGAGAAAUGGUUUGAAUCAAAUUAAAAAUGUUGGAGGAGCAGAGAGAAGAAAUAAUUAUAUAUUUUUUAUAUAUAAUAUAUAUAUAUAUAUCCAACCAGACAUAUUGAAAUUCAAUUUGGUGCAUUUGCAAACAGCUAAAAUGAUGUACAAAGCAAACUAUAACCUGCUACCCAAGAAUGUGCAACAAUUCUUCUCAACAAAAGAGGAGAAAUAUAAGAUCAGAGAAAAAUGUAAUUUAAACAUUUGUAUGAAUAUGUGCUACUAAAUUACUGUGAAUUGGAAAAGUGGUAGGACUGAAUAAGCUCGGCUUCUUCCUACUCCUUUUCGAACAUGUUGUAAAGACAAAUGUAAAUGUGUAAACCAGGGGUCCCCAAACUACACAAGUCAAAAAAUGUUAUUUUUUAUAUUUUAAUUAUUUUUUUAAAUCUGUCCUUUCUAAUCCAUUUUCUACCACUUGUUACUCUUGGUGUCUCCUAGACGCUCAGGCAAAUCAUAUUGUCUAAAAAUGCAUUUUCCCAUCGAUAACA